AGUUUUGGACAGUUUCAAACUUUCAUGACCUUCUAUAUGUUGAGGUCACUUCACACUGUAUAUAUUCAUCCGAAUUUAAAAAUUGAUUUUAUUAUUUAGUAAAUAUCUCAAAGACUUAAAAGUACAUCCGCACGUAAACUACUACAUUUUUCAUGAAUGUCUUGGAUAGUGUGAAAUUCCAUUAGAAAAUUGUUCUUAGUAUUGGAAAACCGUCAAACAGAGAAAACAUUUAAAUGUGCUUAAUGGAAAAACAAUAGAUAUGUCUGGUGUACUAGAACUUAUGUAAUUUGUUUAUUGUUGAGAGUCUGUAAAAAGAAAGUAACAUUAAUAUUUGUCAGAUAGGCAAAAUGGACAUUGCACGGAAUAACUUUUUUCAAUACAUAUGUAUUGGAAUUAUUAUAUAUAUGUCCAAUGAGACAAAUUGUUCAAGAAGUAUCAAGGAAACUAUUCUAAAAAAUAUAUAUCACAAGGAAGCUGUUGUCAAAGAAAUUGAGAAUUUUAGAAAAAAGUCAAAUACGGUGUGUACCAAACCAAAAAGAAAAGGCGAUAAAAUUCAUCAUCUUAUUCGACAUCCAAGAGAUACAACAAGUGUUUAUGAUCAAAUUGGCACCCAGAGCGCUGUGUAUUUUUCUGGAAAAGAAAUUCUGAAGUUAAAAGCAUUUUAUUCUAAAAUUCCGAGUGGCAGUUUUACAUUAAGUUUAUUGUUAAAUCCCGAGGGAGGACAACAUGACCCAGUCACCAUACUAGAGCUUGUAGAUAUUUGUAAUGGAAAACAAACACACAACUGGUUGAAAAUUGGAAUUGCUAGUAAUCCCGAAAUUCUGAACUCUGGACAGAAAUAUUAUGUUACUUUGAAGACAGAAAGGAGUAAACAUUCAUCUACUAUUUAUACAGAUACUAACUUCAAACCGGAAGAAUGGACCGCCAUUGAUGUAACCUAUGACAAACAUGUACUUAAGCUGUACAGGGACGGUGCAUUAGUGUCUGUGGAUAGACAUCAGCAUGGAGCGGUUUUCCAAAAGGUUUCACAAAACUGUAAAACAAUUCUGAUUGGAGGGGAUGAACCUUCAAAAACCUUUUACCGAGGAUCAUUUAAAGAUUUAUUUUUCUGGAACUAUGCUAAAAAUCAUUCGGAAUUAGGACAUUCAAAUGGCAAAGAUGACCGGCUUUUUAUAUCUGAUAGUUUUACAGAUCUAAAGAAAUGGAGGUCGUUGUUCAAAACACCACCGCAAAUUAUUCAAAGGGUUGCAUUAUCAUCAUCGAGUCAAAUUUUAAUCCAAGCACCACCUUGUGGCGAAACAGUGUGCGAUGAUCCAGUUUUAUUUAAAUCAUACAGAGAAAAUCCAAACUUAAGGCAUAUUAAAGAAAUUAAUUAUAAAGUUUAUAAUAUAAUGAACGAUGAUGGUUCCCAGCCACAAAUUACUAGAAAGCAGUUACAAAAGCAACAUUUAGCAAUUAUAGAUGCAUUCUCACCGCAUAAUAUAACAUUCAAGCAAGACGUUAAAAAUAUUAAAAACACAUUUCUCAGACAGACUACAGUGCUUUACACGUGUGAUUCAAUAUCUAUUGGUGAUAAUGUUUGCGACGAUGAUUGUUUUCAUGCCAAAACCGGAUAUGAUGGCGGUGAUUGUGAUGAUCUACUUCCGGCAGUAGCAGAAUGCAAUAUGAUAUCUAUUACAGAUGGCCAUUGUGAUCCAGAAUGUAACAAAUUUAUGUGGGAAUGGGAUGGUGGAGAUUGCUGCACACCUGGUUCGGAUUUUUGUUUUAAUCCUGAAUCGCAGCAUCGAGGUUACCUGAGCAAGGAAGAAUUUCAAGAAAUGGUCGGCGAGGAUAGUUCUAGCCAACUUAACAUUUAUCUGGCCUCGACAAUUAACACUGAUAUUGCAGGUCUGUCCACAUACCCUUGGGACAAACACGUGUAUGGCAUAAACGGUGGUGUGAUUGUACCUCCUGAAUCGUUUGGAGCAUCGGGUAAAAUGAAAGGUUUGAUACAUGAGAUAGGACACGUCCUUGGCUUGUGGCACGUGCACCAUGGUAUAUCAGAAAUGGAUUGUGACGAUCCUUGUGUAGAGACACAUGCGUCUUUGGAACUUGGAGAUCUUUGUUCCGACACUGAGCCUACACCAGAUAAUAAACAAUGCCAUGAUCCAGAUGGUAGUAUAAAAUCAACAUGUGGUCUUCAAAGCUUCAAAAACACUCCUUUUAAUAACUACAUGAGCUAUGCUGAUGAUAGCUGUAUAAAUAGUUUCACAUCCGACCAGAGUGCACGAAUGCACUGUUACCUUGACCUUGUAUACAAACCAUGGAGGACAGAAAAGAAACCAACACCAGUACCGUUGCCACCAAAAAUCGCAAGAUCUACCAAUGUAAGUGUUACCAUCAGCUGGAUAUCUCCACUUGGCUCUAAUCAUGCAUUUCCGAAAACUAUAUGCGACGUUUGUAAACCUGGUGGAAGAGCUGCGCAGUAUGCCCAUAAUGCUACAGCAUCACAUCCGGAGAGUUUUCUGUACUUAUCCCAACCAAUGCAAGCUGCAGGUCCACCAGAUUCUGAGACUUGUACAGCCAGUGACAAGGCUUGGAUGAUGCCGGACAGAUAUACCUGCCAGAAAAUGGAGUGUUAUAUAGAACUUGAGUUUAACUUCCAAUUCAUACCUGACAAAUUGAGGAUAUGGGUACCUUAUACUGGAUCCGUUGAUGACUUCAUUUUGACAGGAAUGGGUGAUCCAAUCAAAUUUAUAGAAAUCACAACAGACGAUCUUACAGUGAUUCCAUUGGAUAGUUUUCCUGCUUCAUGUGAUAAUGCGUUGUCCAUAAGACUGAAUGUGAGAAGACCCGUCAUAAAGGUACGAAUUUAUGUGCAGCAUCCAUACACAGCUAUAGAUGCAGCAGAAUUAUCAACGAGUACGCCCGCAUCAGAAUGUGCGUUAUGUAGACAGCAAAAGUACAGGAUAAUCAGAUCUCCGGAAAUUACUGGGAGCCAGUUAAUUCAGACCAGUAAAACAGAAUUCACAGACAGGGACAUUCAAGUAAACACUACAUAUACAUACAGUAUACUUGUAGUGACCGGAAACCAUGAAAGUGUACCAUCACCGUCUGUAGACUUUAUUAUCGGUCAGUCUUUCUGUGGAGACGGGCAUGUUAACCCUGGUGAAAAGUGUGAUGAUGGUAACACAAUAGAUGGUGAUGGGUGUGAUAUUGAUUGCAAAGAAGAAGAAUUCUUUAAAUGCACAGGAGAACCUAGUCAUUGUUUUAUUCAUGAUGGUGAUGGUAUUUGUGAAGAUUUUGAGCAGCCAUACAGCGUAACAGACUGCGGAUAUUAUACCCCUCCAGGUUUUGAAGACCAGUGGGCCAAAACAGCAGUUGCAAAUCCAGAAUUCCAGGAUGAUACCUGUCCAGAGUCGCUUAUCAUAGGAAUUCCUUCCAGGAACCAGAAAUGUGUUAGCAAUACUGUUCCUGACGAAUACUGGAGUCCAUGUAACAAUUAUGGAAAGGAUGAUACUUAUUGGAUAGAGAUCUAUUUUGGAAAACCUAAGGUGGCAACAGAAAUAAUUAUACACUUCGGAUCAGACGGAUUGGAUGAUCUGAAUAGAAAACAGUUGAUAAGGAUCGAACUGAUAACCAAUGAAAACAUAACCAAGACUAUAACUCCGGAACACCAUUCUAUCUCAUGUAAACACAACCCGAUGCAUGUGCCAAUCAUUCAUGACUUGACACAGCAAUUCUUCCUUACUAUAGGAGUGAGGAUAAAGUUUUCCUCACCAAGGAUCAGCAUAGCAGGUGCUCGUUUGAGGUCUUCUAAAUUCUUAGACCCAGUGACGAUCGCAUCCUGUGACUCUAUGGAAUUAUUUGAUCCUUCUGUAGGAAGAUGUUUCAAUAGAUCAUGUAACAGACCAGUUUGUGGGACUCCGCGUGUAAAGCAUGGUGUUCCAAUGUGUAAUGGGAAAAGAGAGGGAAGCGUAUGUACAGUCAAAUGCAAUCAGGGGUACGAAUUGGAAGGUCGUGUUACUGAAUUGAUUUGUGUUAACGGAACAUGGCAGAGUUACACUUCUUUAUCGUGUGUUCCAGUUGACUGUGGCGAGCCGUACAUUCCGUAUGCAAGUAUAUCAUGUCCAGAUGGAUUUCAAUAUGGAGAUAAAUGCAACUUCAACUGUAAAGCACCGUCCAGAUUACAGGGUGAUGUCUCAACAAUACAAUGUGAUUCCGAAGGAACCUGGUCCUUACCAAAUUCAUUUUGUCAGAUACACUGUAAAGCACCGUCAGUCACUGAUGAUGCCAGACUAAUGACUAAGGCAUGCAAAAGAGGAUAUCAUGGACUUGGAAAAGUCUGCAAGUUCAAAUGUGAAAAAGAAUUCCAUGUAGUAGGAAAGAGCAAUUUCAGAAAAAUAUAUAAACUUGAAUGCGAUGAGGAUGGAAUGUGGAAAGGUGAAAGUUGUGUACCAAUUACAUGUCCAUCACCAGAUAUAGUGUUCAAAGGCUUAUAUAGCUGUAUAGAUCUGUUCAAUGUUGGCAGUACAUGUACAAUUAUAUGUCCAGAUAACCCCGUAAAACAAGCGAUUAAUUGUGGAAUGGACGGUACCUGGGACAACAGUUUUAGUAUUUGUAAAUCUUCCCUAACAGGAUCCUGUCCAGCUGUUGUUGAUAGUACAAAGGUCAGGUUCAACUGUCAUGGUAAUAAAGUAGGCGAUCAAUGUGGUGUAGACUGCUUCUUACCAGAAGCUGUUGCAAUAGUAAAUGGUCAUUCAAAUAAAGUGAGAGGUAGACUUGCAAGUAUUACCGACAGUAAUAAAGACAAAGGUCCAGUACGACAAAUUACAUGUUCAGUGUUACUAGAGUGGACACCAGACCCAGAAACUAUAACGUGCAAAGCAGAAUGUAGUAAGUCCAGUAUAGCAGAUGGGUUAUGUCAGGCUGAUUACAAUACAGAGGAAUGCGCAUGGGACGGCGGAGACUGUUGCAAAUCAACAGUAUUUGACGGAUUUGUUUUGUCUAUUCCAUCUACUUGUGGUAAACCCUGUAGCUGUCUUGAUCCAAAUGCUGCUGAAAACAGAACAUACAAACACAACAUAAAGGCUAGCAAGAAGAAAUCUAGGAGUAGACUGAUAACACUCAGUCGAUAUGCAUGGAAACAUUCGUUUCCUAGAAAAAGUCUAUAAAUUGAUGAUUUUUAGUGUUAUCAGUGUCAUUGAUAAUAACGGUCUAUAUUUAACUAGUUUUUCAAACUAUGGUUUCAAACUGACUAGACAAUGAAUCUUAUUGGUAUAAAAUGUUUCUUAAGCGAGACACAUUUAUGUUCUACAAGAGUAAAUCGAAGUUAGCAGGAACAUUUAUAUUGUUUCAAUAUACAAAUGAUAAAAAAAUAAAAAACAAGUAUCGUUGAAGAUAGCUGAAAUUAGGAAAAUAUUUUAAAUUUAUGUUGGUUCUUUACUUUGGACCAUGCGGUUAGCAAUUUUUCGAUUAUUGAAUUCUGUAACCUUACUGUGUUUGAAGAUUUAAAAUGUGAU